AUGGUCGAGUCUGCUCGGCAAUCGACGUCUAAAAGCCCACAAAGUCUUGUGGAGAUUGCUAUGUCGAGUAAGAAACACACAAACGAGACCCCAUUGCUGCCUACGUCUCUCACGGCCACUAGCACCGCCACAUACAUUGAGCUGCCCUUCCUCACACGCAGUUGCUCGCUUGUGCUACCGUUUACACGCGUAAGGCACGUACGCAACGCUCUCGUGGCGUGUAAUCUAUCUACAUGCAGUAUUGAGACGCUUGUAAAGAUUGCUGAUGAACGAAUAGCCAAGAAGGACGCUGUGCUGCUUGAGAAGGACGCGUUUGUGGAACUUGUGCGAUCACUACUAGCGUCUUGUUCAGAAGAUUCAUAUAAGCCAAUGGAAGAAACGAUCGAGUGCAUUUACCGUUCGUUCGAGACGACAAACCGCACUGAUCUUUACCAGUUAGUUACUGGCUGUCUUGUGCUUAUAGAUGGAGAAGUGAAGCAUAAAGUGGAAACUGCUAUCAAGUUUAGUCUGUACAAAUAUGGCAUGGAUGGAGACAGCCUUACUACCACGUCUGUCCUACGCACUGCUCUAAGUUGCUUGUUGCAGUCGAUGUCUGCUGUGUUUGAACUGAAGACUGCGACAAAUGACGACGUCUUGCAGUCAACGACGUCAAUUAUUACAACGUGUGUGGAUGAGACAGUGACGCGCAUACUUGCAUCGAAGUCCUUAGGAAAAGAUGAUGUGGUGUCGUUUGAAGACGACAUUUGGCCCUGGAUUGAAGUAAAUAGCAGUAAAACUGUUAUGUGGAUAAAGGUACUUGAUCAGAAAUAUUGGUCAGGUUUGAAAGAUCUAAUGUCGUCAGUGCCUCAAGCUGUUUCGGCGCAAAGGGAGCUACCGCUUGAGGAAUCAGUGUCGAUAAGUAGCGAAGGAGGAGAGAGUGAUGCCGAGUACGAUGAUGAAGAGGACGAUUCUACUGAACUGAGCUUCCGUUUUGCCAGUGUGGAUGGUGGAGUGUUGAAUAUUGGCAAGCAGCAGGCUGUCACUUUGUAUGACUUGCUGGCUCAAUCGGCUUUCACGCGUGUAACUUCUCAGGUAAUGUACGAUACUUUUGUCCAGCACACGGGUGAUGGAUUACUUGAAGAAGAGACUUUUCUGGAAGCGAUUGAAGAACUGCUUAGCAUGACCGACAAGCCGCACUUGAUGGAGGACAAUGCAUUUUUGGAACGUACACUUGCGAUCUUUCGGUCGUUUUUGCCUGAAAACUGCUUUAGUGUAGACGCGUUUGAAAUUGCCGCUGGUUUCAGCUUAAUGUCGCGGGGGUCGAAAAGUGAUAAACUUGCGUCUGCAUUUCAUUAUUUUGACGUGGACAGCAAGGGCUAUCUGAAUCAUGAGCAGCUGUGGCGGUUUUUGCGGUCUGUACUUAUCACGCUUCUUCAUUUAUCACCUCCAAGUGAAGCUGUUUUGCUUCGAUAUGGUUCGUUGGCGGAAUUAGUAGACAAGGGAGAAGAAGAAAUAAUAGAAGCCAUUAUGGAAGGAUUUGCAAAUGAGGUGGACGAGGAGGAAGACGACAAAGAGAGAGAAAGUGAUGGCAGUCAGGACGAUGAAGAGAAGUCUGCUGCUAAUAGUGAAAGUGGCGAGCAAAAUAACAUGACUGAAAGUGAUGGUGGCCGCACGCGCGCAAACUCGGAUAUGCAACUUGGUCUUUACACGUUUGAAGAUUUUGGAUUGUGGUACAAUGGCGGAGGAUUCAAAGGAAUGAGCUGGUUAGAGCUGCUGGAUCUUCGCAAAUGGGUAUUUGUAUCGCCCUCGUUCACGUUAGAGAGUCUCGAUACUCGCUCAGUCGAUCAUGUCGUAGCAAGCAACAAUUACUACACCGCUAACAAAAUUCAGGUCGAUAUUGACGCCGUUGGCCCUCCAGAUAUAGUACCGGAUGCCAAAAAGCCAUAUUUUUCAUUUGCUGACGUUAUUGACGAGGAUGAGGAUGAAAACGAAGCAGUAUUGUCCGUGCAAUACCCAUCUCCUUUGGCCGCAUCAAUCGGAUCGUCUUCUACAGCUGUGCGAUCUUACAAUAGUAGCAUUCCUGCUACGCUUCCAGCAAUUUGUCUGAAGAAUGAGAUUGUGCUGGAGUUUGAUCUGCCGUUUGACGCCAAUGACGAUGCAAUAACUGAAUUACCGUUGACGACUCUGAGCUUUGACAACGGCGACUUGAUCCAGUACUUUGAAUUUCAGCGUGUCAUUAAGCUCAAUCAGGUGCAGUUGUACCGCGUUUAUGACGUAUUUGAGCCGUAUAUGGUCGAAUCGGCUUCAUCGUGUAUCGAGAAAAGAACAUUUGACGAAUGCGUGGGCAAACUUUUGCCUGUCGACGUAGCUCCUAGUGUAGCAGCUGCAUUUGGCGCGAAUAGCAACACACGCGUCCCGCCUUGCAGUGUAGUCCGUGAAAAGGAUUCAAGGAUGGCUGCGGGCAUUCUCAGUCGCUUAUUUUUUGCCUUCAACCGUGGCGGAACUGGCAAGAUUGAUUUGGUCGAGUUUGUAUCUGCGUUGACUUUGUUUUGUGCGGGUUCGAAGAGUGAGAAGCUAGCAUUUGCUUAUCGAUUGUUUGAUGCUGAUGGAGACGGGUGUCUGACUCGUCGAGAGAUGUGGAAGUAUUUGCGCUCAUUUCUGACAAUGCUGUUAGCUUUAGGAAACGGGUCAGAUCUUUCUGCCGAAGCUAUUGCCAGUGUGGCGGAUACGACUGCGAUUGAGAUUGCCGACUGCAUCUUUAAAGACACGGACAAGACCUUUAGCACGAAGCAGUCGAUGUCGUCAAUGCGAGAAGGCAGCCAACGACACAGUUUGGACGUUCCAAUAUCAGUCGACUCGGUCUCGUCGAAGCAUUUAUCGCGUCGUUGCGUUCAGGAGCGUUAUGAGCACCGCGGGUCUUUUCCUGGUGAUACUAAUCUUCAUCUCGUUGGCGCUGCAUCAAGUGCGUCAGGUGCUGGUGCUGGUAGUGCAUUCAUUCGUGGAGGCGUUGUUUCCUUUGAGGAAUUUGCUGUUUGGUAUUCGCAACAUGGUUACACGAUCAUUGCGUGGAUUGAGUUGUUAGAUUCCAAAAAAUGGCCAGAGGUGCCUCGUUCUGUGUCUGAUGCAAUUCUUCGCUAUAUUAGUCGCCAGCAACAUGCGCUGGAAAAUGCUACGCAUAUGGGAUCUGACGAGACAGGGUCGGGGUCUUCUAAUGACACGGUUUCUUCUAACGACAGUACGAACCGUGUUAAUCACUCGUUGGUGCCAAAUUUCCCUGACUCCGACAUGACAGUCCUUGAUACGACAGCACUUCGGACUUCCGAUCGCUAUGCUGUAGAAGCAGGCAUGGAUGCCGUUAGUGGCAUCGCAAAUCUGAUCACUUCUCCGACAGUAUCAGCGGCAGGAGCAAAGGAUCUUUCUUCAGUGGCACUUCAAUUCAAGUUGACAAGCUACGACAACACGAUCCUACGCAUUCGUCUGAAAGACGUUGCUAUCGUUUACACGAUCUCAGAACGCAUGAAUUUUAGUCGUAUGACGUGCGGCGAACUCGUGCAUUUGCUGAAAAAGCACGCACACAAUCGCUCGUUAACGAAACCUGGGUAUCUGCGCGCCAUGCGCGACCUUGUGCCACGUGAACAACUUUCAAAUGAGGAGCAAGAAUUCCUCUCAUUCCACUUGCUGCGUAUCUUUACACUUUUUGAAAGUGAAAGUGUUUUACAGAGCGAAGAGACCAAUGGUGGUGAUGACAGCACUGACGCAGGGAAACGCCAGAGCGGAAAUCUUGCAAAUGGGGCGAGCACGAGCAACAUAUCUGUGGAGACGUUGCAGCUGGUUGCUGGUAUGUGUGUGUUUUGUGGAACAACGAAAAGUGCCAAGCUAGGUGCGCUGUUUAAACUCUUUGCCUCCCACGGCGAUGGACACAUUUCUCGUCGCCGACUUUAUGAAAUGCUGAAGUCUAUCCUUGUGGUGUUGUUUGCCUUCUCAAGCCACAAUGCCACACGAGGCAACUCAAACGACACAGGAUCUAUUAGCUCCUGGAGUACUAACUCUAUCGCAGGACGUGCAGCUGGCGCCGUUGUUUCGAAGCUACUGUGUGAGGCAACAUGUAAACGCCCGGAUUCCAUCAGCCUUGCUGAGUUUGCUGCCUGGUAUGCAGCUGGAGGCUACAUGGACUGUCCGUGGUUGGAGCUUCUUGACCUGUCCAAAUGGCCGGCCAAGGAAGCUUUUGAAGCUAGCAAACGAGAGAAGCCGCUGAUCUACGCUUUCGAUAUGCUUGAAGAAGGCAGCAUUCUGCACUUUACCGAGAGUGAUAUAUCGACGUAUCUCUUUAUGCUGCGCUCGACAAAGCUUGGCGAGUUGAAUGUAAGCAAAGUUUAUGACGCAUUACUAGCCUAUGCGACACCGUCAGCUGAGGAGGCGCUCAAGAUGUCCAAGGCUGUUGGAACUCAGAGUCGUCGAGGCCAGAUGUACUCAUAUGCUGCUGUGGAGGAAGAUGAAGGAGCAUAUUUAGUUUUGACGCGUGCGAACUUUUAUGAGUGCGUGCGCAGUUUGGUAUCAAAGGAGAACAUGUCAGAGAAGGCUCAGCAGACCUCGUCUAAGUUGCUCUCGCGGUUAUUCAACGUGUUUGACCGCAAGCGUUGUGGCCGUGUAAAUGCCUUGGAGCUUGCGUGUGGCCUAAGCAUCUUAGGUAGAGGCUCUAAAAGUCAGAAACUCUCUUUGGCGUUUGACUUCAUCACCAAAAUGCGCCAACAGCGGCACAAAACGCUUGCGAGCUAUGCGCCGGCACCCCCCAGCACUUCUGUUGGCCUUGGCGGAUUCGCGGCGCAAGGAACGGCAACAGGGGGAUUUGGAUUUGGACUCGGAGGUGUUCAAAGCAGUCAGUUCUUGAUGAGCAGUGGUGCAUUUGGGUUUCCCAGUACCCGUGACUUUGCCUCGAGUGCGCAAGGUAUGCGAGGUGGCACGAGUCGUCAUCCUGCACCAUUAUCAGUGGCUGAGAUGAAUGCGCUGCCACAUUCAGUGCUGUUUAUCUACCUACGCUCGUUCUUACUGGCGCUUAUGGCACUUAGUGACGGCACGUACCGCCUUGGGUUAGAGAAAAUAUAUGUGGAGGCUGAUGAUUUUAUUGAGGAAGCUAUGGGAGAUCUCAUGACGGACGUCACAAGUAAUGGAGGUACGAAUGGGACGUCCGCCGCUGCCAGUAUUUCUGUUUACGGCAGUGCUCGCUCGCGCGCCCGCGUUACUUUCGAGCAGUUUGGCGAGUGGUAUAACACAGGCGGCUACCAACUUAUCUCGUGGGUGGAGCUUCUUGACGUCAAUAAAUGGCAGCAGCAGCAAGACUUUCAGGAUCAGUCGAUGGUGGCUUCAGCAGCUGGUCCUGCUUCGGCUUAUCAAAGCAAACACAUUGCCUCUCUUAUGGGCUCGCAAAGCCGUGGUGCAAUGCCUACAAAGGCUCCUAUGCCAGUGGAGCCAAUGCAGCCAAUUCAACACUCCGUGAAGCCCGUGACACGCCGAAGGCAGGUGCGCCAGAGCGACAUUGUUUCCACUCCGUUUGUUCGGGGUCUCCCGACACCAGAUUCAGGUCCUAAAUCUGACCCUCGCAAGUCUGCAAGUGCCGUUAGUCUAUGCUCGGAUGGCCCCGUCAUGGUAUUUGCCAUUGCAAAGGACGCUGCAGAGCUGCAGUUUUUCAAUGAGGACAUUUUGACGUUUAAGCUGUUUUUACGGCAAACACAACUACACACGGUGACUUCAUGGGAGCUACAGGGUGCGAUUUUGGAAGCGUUAAACUUCCCCAGUGUCAAUAGCGCUGGUAUUAUGUUGACACCACGCAGUAUGAUUUUGCGCGCACUGCAUAAAGUAUGCGGGACAUUACCCCUCGCUGCUCCUCUGUCAAUGGAAUCAAAAGAUCAGGUUGGAUUUCUUAGUGACGAAGGGAUCGAGAUGCUUCAUUCGUUACUUGGUGUUUUUGUGGCCGAACCUGCUUCUGUCGACGAAGAAAAGCAAAUUGCAGGAGAUGGUGAUGAUGAUGACGAGCUGGAAGACCCGACGGAAAUAGGUGCAGCAAUUUGCGGUUUGCUCGUUGUUUGCAAAGGUUCGAUGCUUGACAAGCUCAAGUGUUGUGCAACAAUAAUUUCCGGUGACGACAGAGAGAGCACUCAGAAGGGUGGCACAGAAGUUAAUGAUAAAGUCGACGGUCCCAUGACGAAGUUAAAGACCAUUAAGUCUAGCCUCAUGUGCUUCUUAAUGGCGUUUUACGGCAUGAGUAGCUCACUAAGCGCCGAGAUGGCUCGGUACUCUGCUGGACUCGGCGCAGAUGCCGUGUUGCAAUCGUUUGCCGAAUCUUUGACCGGAGACUCCAGCAUCCUAAACUUUGAGAAGGAAGUAUCACUUAGCGUCUUUUGCAACUGGUUCAGCGAAUCCGGCUACCCGUCACAUUCGUGGCUCGAGCUGGCCGAACUCAAUCACUGGCCAGCUGCCAUUAACGUCUGUGGAAGCAACGGGAUUACCGAUGACUCUUAG